CACCGUUGCUCAGCGCUGAGCGCCUGAGCCACCGCCCACUACACCCUGUCCCCGAUCAGCCAACCAUCUCAGCCAAUCUUUGCAAGGCAAGGCCGCCGCCGCCGAAGCAGCCGCCGCGAUGGGGAAGCUCAGCGCCAAGUCCGACUACGAGUGUCUUCGCGACGCCCGCAUCUCCGAGAACAUGGCCCGAAUGGAGAUGCUCGGCCUGCUCCGCUGCGCGGGGGAGCUCAGCGACAUUGCCUCCGCCUCCAGCCACCGCGCGGCCGGGAGCGCGACCCCCCGGAACCGGAAGCCCCCCAGGCCGCGGGUGAUGAGCAUGACCCCGCUCCGCCGCUCCAGCCGCCUCGCCGCCGCGACGCCGACUGGAUCCACGUCGACGAACCGCCGCUCCGCCCGAUUGAACGGACAGUCUGUUCAGCACAAGGCGCUGCCUCCCAAAGGAGCUUUGAGUAAAUUGGCGGCGGCCACUGCGGCGGAGACAGAUGAAGACGAUGAUGAGGAGAAUCUGGCGUUGGUGGUGGACAAGAAGAGGGUACAGGCGCUGCAGGAGAGGCGAUGCGACAGCAAGGGAAGGGGAGGCGUGUACGACCCUGUUCUUGGGAUCUGCUGCCAUUUCUGCAGGCAGAAGAAAUUGUGCAGCGAGGAGGACUGCAAGCGCUGCGGGGAAGGUGAUCUGAAGCAGCCGUGCUUAGGAAAGACGGAGUGUUCAUCUUGUCAUUCUUCGAAUGGGAUACUCUGCCGUGCUUGCCUGAAAGUUAGGUAUGGCGAAGCAGCGAUGGAAGAGGUGAGGGGGAACAAGAACUGGAUGUGCCCUCACUGCAUUGAGGAGAAAGGUAUCAAGAAGUUCUGGAUAUGCAACAGCUCCUUCUGCCUGAAGAAGAGGAAGAUACCACCAACUGGGAUUGCCAUAUACAAUGCAAGGGAACAAGGAUAUGAGUCAGUUGCGCACCUUCUCAUGGACAGGCUGAAGCGACAAGCAUUCUGACAAUGACUGGUUUUCACAUGUUCACUUCUUCAGUGAUUUAGUGAGAGUUCUGUUUUCUGGCAGUUUAGAUGUUAGACAUCUUAUCCUCUUAGGAGAAGUGUCUCUGUUGAAAUGGUACACUUUUGCACCCAGGAAUGUGAAAGUUAGGAGCUCGACCACUUAUAAGUAGAUGGUAGUCAUCUUAUCCUCUUAGGAGAAGUGUUGGCUGAAAUGGCACACUUUUGCGUCCAAGAAUGUGGAGCUAGAAAUUCUGUCACUUAUGAGAUGUUUCAGAGAUCAGACAGUCACAAUGGUCAUUGUAAUGGGCCAAUGUCAACUUGUCUAUUUAUCGUAUCCGCAUUGUGUUGAGGAACAGAGAAAGGACGAGUCCAUUCAUUUUCUGGUUUUGAGCGUAAAACCAAGUCAAUGCUGCUGCUUGCUUAUUCCGUGACUUAUGACAAUUGUCAUUUUACGGUAUCUAUGAUGGAACCA